AGAGAGAGAGAGAGAGAGAGAGAGAUGAAACAAGGGCAGAGAAGUAAACAGGAACAGAAACUGAAGACUGUCAAGAUAUCAGGCUGAGUGGGACAAGAACCAAACACACAUCAGACGACAAAACAGAGAAAGAAGGUUCAUCUGAGUGGACUGGAACGGACUGGGCCUCACACUUCACAACAUGUGGAUAUCUUCAGCAGUCUUGCUAACUGGAUUAGCUUGGACAGUUAGCAACAUGGCUAAAGGACGAGGGGCCUAGAGGAGAAAGGGGGAAAGGAAAAAAACACAGCUGAAUUCCAAACAGCACCAACAUCUAGGCUGAAGUGAAGCAGAUCGCAUUCAUCAUAACUGAGCAGUUUUAAAAAGAAUCUUCAUUUGAACACAAAAAGCUCCUGAUAGGACACUUUAAGGAAGGAGCAGAGUGUGAAGUCACACUCUGUGGUUCAUACCAUCAUACCAGACCUCAGAUCUGAUAACUGCUGGUUUUGUGGCUGAAAAUCUGCUUCUAUUUUUAAACAUUUAUACCUAGAACCAUUUAAAGACUUGACAGACAGUUUUGCUUCAAUAUAACUGCCGUGGCGUCACAACAUUUGUGUUUACUGUGCCAUAAAACCCCUCUUAAGGGUUUUGUUAAGUUUACGACAGCCACCCAGUCUGACUUUUAGAGGCAUCACAGCUCAGGAUUCCACUGCCAUGGAUGGAAAAACAGAAUACAUUCAGGAUUUCUUCAUCCAGCUCUGGAGCUUUGCCAAAGAGAAGCACAACCAGGGGGUCUACAACACCAUCUGCCUGGCGGUGCUCCUCACUCUUCCCCUGCUGGUCCUCCUCACCACUUUGGUGAUGUGUUGUCACUGCUGCUGCUGUCGUCAUGCCAACAGCUGCCGUUGUUGCUGCACGGACACCGCGGCAACAUCGAGGUCAGAAACCAAGAAGAAAAAAAAUUCAGCAAACACUGAGGAUUUGUGGAUUUCUGUCAAGACAGGGCCAAUGUCACCAGACCCGGUCGCCAUGGGCAUGUUGUAAAAAAUAAAUUGGUUAUCUGCUCAUCCUGGGACCGGUGACCCUGAUAGAUACUAUGGAGCUGAGAAAAACCUUAAAGGAACCAAAACUGUAGGGAGACACGCCGACGGGACUGUGUUUUUGUCAUUUUAUAUUCAUGUGAUGUACAUGUUGAGGUUUUACGACAACUUUUGCAACAUUUUACAUGAGUUUUCUAGUAGGUAGUACCUAAAAGAAAAAAAAAAGUCUAACAGAAGUACUCAUGUGAUUGUGUGAGUCGGUUAGAGAGAAUGAGACAGAAGUGCAGUGUUAUAUUGAGAGCACUUUGUUCUUGGAGCUCCCAUGUGAAAUUCAUUGCUCCUGUAUUUGGGAGCGAGAGCCAAUUUAAGGGCUGCCCGGUGCUCAGACGGCUAUGCUGCCUGCAUUUAGACUGCAAUCUAAUGUGCUGAUUGACUCUUAUUUUCACCUAAAGUAAAAGCUUUUUUCUUUCAAAAA